CCCCAACAUAGAACGUUCUUUAAAAACAGGCUUCCGGAGGACGGCCGCAUUCAGAAACGGUGCAGCUUUCCACCGGGAAACACACAGAUAUACCGGUGGGACAGAGUUUGUUUGGCAGCGGCAUAGAUCUUUUGCAAAAAACCCGGAUCUUGAAAUAGGUCGCUAGAACAACGAGGCGUGGUUCGGUCGUUCGUUUACAGUUUGCGGACAGUUAGGUGCCGAGUGGGCUUUUAGGUGGUUUGAGCUGCAAAGCAACACCCGUACCCCACGUACGAUACCGUCCCAUGUGCAAGGGAGUUACAAUGAGUGCCCUGUGCUUGUCACUUUUGUUAGCCUGUCAGCCGGUCGUGUACGCUAGAGGCUAUCCGCAAGAAAAUGAGUUCCUAUGGGGCAGCAGGACAGCACAUCCGAACGAAAUCAGCAUCGAUUCGAACGACAUUAAAGGGCCAAACCAAGUUAGUGGGCCAUCCUGGACGUAUUCGCUUCGUGAUCCGCUUGGUCCACCAAAUUGGCCCAUCGUUGCACCGGCCUGUGGUGGAGACUUCCAGAGUCCGAUAAACAUCGUCACCUCGAGGACACUGCCCGUAAACCGUAAAAACCCACUGGAGAUCAUCGGACUGAAUAGUCUACCUUCGUCCAUCACUGUUGAGAAUGAAGGCUACUCGGUAAAGUUUACCCCGAAUUGGACCUUCCGGACACGUCCGAUGAUGCGUGGUGGACCACUGAAGACGGUGUACUUCUUCGAGCAGUUGCAUUUCCACUGGGGACCGAACAAUACGGAAGGAUCGGAACAUACGCUCGACGGACGGCAAUUCCCGCUCGAGGUACAUCUGGUGUUCUACAACGGAAUGUACAGUUCCUUUAAAAAGGCAAAAGCGGAAGUGGAUGGUUUGGCUGUGAUUGGUUUCCUGUACGAAGUUGUACCAAGCUCGUCCAGCUUUUCACUAAACUCGUGGGCUAACUUUUUGCCUCAGGUGCGUCAACCAGAGUCAACGCUUGAGAUACCGUUUAAUCGUGGUUUUACGCUGAUGAACGUUAUCGGUACGAUGGGAUGGCCGUAUUACUCGUACGAGGGUAGCCUUACGACACCUCCGUGUCUCGAAACGGUCAUCUGGAUCGUGGCGAACAAACGGCUAGCGGUGACGGAGCUGGAGAUGAAACGACUACGCUCACUGAUCGGUACCAACGGGGCACCAAUAACGUUGAACUACCGUCCAGUUCAGCCGCAGAACACUCGACGCGUGUUCUACUACUAGAACCACCCUGGUUGCAAUAGUGCACCGAAAGUAAACACUCCCUACCGUAUAGUGGUAAUCGUACAAAGCAGCUCGGGGGAUCGUACAGCAGCAUGCUGGCACCCGGAUUGCAUACUGUUAGGCGUAAAACAUCUGUCGACACGAUCGUAACACGUGUGCAUCAUUCCAUCGCACCACACACAAACAAAGAACGUUAGAUCGUCUCUUUACCAAAUGAUUGUUCCUUGGUUUAAUAAAAUUAAGAUAAAUAAAAUAAGUUGAAUUGAAA